GAGAGCAGCGGGGUUAGAAGGGGAAAGCGGAAGAGCGUAGCUAGUUAGCGAACAAGCUUUAUAUUCGUUAAUAUUUACAUAACAUCCGAUUUAUAAAUCCAAUUUUGUAAUUAUAAACAUAUGUUGAGAGUCUAAGUAUUAAUCGAACUACUGUCACACUCGAUUAGACUACACAAUGGAUUCAAAGUCAAUCAAUCUGUCUCCGAGAGAAGAAGGGGAGCUCGAAGACGGAGAGAUCUGCGAUGAUGACACCGAGGAAAAUAUGUUUGCGCAGCAGCAGGGUAAAAAGAGGCCUAGUAGCAUGAAUAACAGCAACUUCUCACGGAAUACACGAAAAUCGAAACAACCGGCACGAACUUUACUACCUGUCGUGGGUAGCCAGCCUACAGAUUUUCGACUUUUAAUUCCAUACAACCGCGGACCUCAUUCGCACAGUUCCGGCUUUACCGCAAACCACAGACCGCAAGGCGGACCAAGUGGACCCGACCGGCCGCCACUGGGACCACGCUGUGACCAGAGCCCGCGUUCCAGUUUCUGGGAACGAAGUCACACAGCCCUGGAUCGAUUGAGGCACCGGGGGAAACUAGAUGACGGUCGCGGGGAUUGGGGACGAGGAGGCUGGGGAGACGGGUGUGGGGGAGGGAGAGAGGCUGGUAGGCCCCCCACUGGUCGUUAUGGGCCCGGGGAGAAUCACAGUAACAAGAAAGAAUCUCCCUCGAGAAACAAACAGAAGGUAAUGAUGGGGAGGAAUCAGGUAAGAAACCAACAGAUGAUGCACAACAACAAUGUUGCCAAAGUCGAGAAUGUGCUUGACGAGAGUUUUGAGGAUCUGCUCACCAAGUACAAGCAGAUUCAGCUGGAGCUGGAAUGUAUUAGAAAAGAAGAGAACCUGGUUCUGAAGCCCAAAGACCUGCCAGCUCAGAACGAGUCUGAGGUCUCUGUAAGUAUUCCCCAAACCGAGCCAUUACUCGACGCUAACAGUAUUCCCAAUGAAGCCGCUGCAGAGGACCCGCCAGGCCCAGAGAAGACGGAGGAGAAAAGGGGUUUUCAGGCGUUCAAUCUCAAACCUCUACGUCAGAAACUCCUCACUCCUGCAGAAAUUGACGCGCUCAAAACAAAAACGGAAAAGAAAGACUCAGAGAAGGAGGACAGUGACAUGGAAAAAGGUCAAGUUGAACCAGCUGCUAUCCCGGCUGCUACUUCCAAAGGAGAUGAGGAAAAAGAUGGUGUGGAGAAAGAGGCAGACAAAAAAGAGGGGGAGAAGGAUGCAAAAAUAUGUUGUGUUUGCUGUGGCAGGGAAUCAGAUUACCUGAAGAAAGAAGGUGAGAAGGAUACAAAAGUCUGCUGUGUGUGCUGCAGCAAAUCAUCAGAGGACUCCACUAAAUCCCCUGUCAAGCCUGAAGUGAAGGGGAGUAAUGAAGAUGAGGACCUGUCUGAGCUGCAGCUGCGUCUCCUGGCCCUGCAGUCAGCCAGCAGGAAGUGGCAGCAGAAAGAACAGCAAGUGAUGAAGGAUAGCAAAGAUAAGAUCACCAAGGCCAAGCCCUCCCAGGAGAAGAGCUCCUCCACCUCCAGUGCCAAACCACCAGAGAGGGGCAGAGUCACCACCAGGUCUGCCUCUGCUGCCUCGGAGAAGGCCAAAGCUCUGGCCAACAAGCCCCAGGAGAAGGCCAAAGCUCUGGCCAACAAGCCCCAGGAGAAGGCCAAAGCUCUGGCCAACAAGCCCCAGGAGAAGACAAAGGUUGGGGCAAAGCCUCCAGCGGAGAAGGGCAAAGCUCCGGUUAAGGGGUAUCCAGGGAGGAAGACAGUCAGCCCAGGCUCAGCAGCCAAGCAGGCAUUCCGAAAGCAGCAGCUAAGGACGUGGAAGCUCCAACAGGAGAGAGAUCAGCAGGAGCAGCGUAGGCAGGAGGAGCGUAGACAGGAGGAGGAGGAGCGCCGCAGGAGGGAGGAAGAGAUCCGCAAGAUCCGGGACCUUUCCAAUCAGGACGAGCAGUACAACCGCUUCAUGAAGCUGGUGGGCGGGUCCAAGCCGCCGCGCAACCGGAGCAAGUCCAAGGACCGAGACCACACCAGGAAGUCUUCUGGUAAACAGGGAUUGGACACCUCAGGGAACCUCUACCAGUACGACAACUAUGACGAGGUUGCCAUGGAUACUGAUAGUGAGACCAAUUCCCCAGCGUCUUCUCCAGUACAUGAUCCAUUUGAGGUCCCAGGAUGCUUCAGUCACAUGCCCAUGCCUUUCCCUAUGGAUUCCCCCACUCAAUGCAGAAUGGAUUUGGGACAGCCGCGUUUCCUGUCCGUCAUUCCGUCUGCGCCCCCUCCACCCUUACCCCCAAUGCCCCCACCCCCAGAUGAGCUGGAGCCUCCCCCAAAGCCGCCUUUUGCUGACGAGGAAGAGGAAGAGGAGAUGUUGCUCAGAGAGACCUGCCUCAUGUCCAUGGCCAACAAGAAGGUUCCACUACCCGAGGAUAUGACCCUUGACAGCAGCCCCCUCUCUCCCUCCCUCCUGGUCAGUCUGGUCCAACCAGUGCCCAGGAGCAACCCUAGUGUGGUCAGCCUCAACACUGCACCCCAGCCAUGGAGCAACAAGUUCAGCCGAGGGCACCACCUUCCCAGGCUACCACUGAUGCUCCCACGGCACAAGGCGGUGGUGGUACAACUGAACGGUUCAGACGACAGUGACUCAGACAUGGAGGCCUGCAGCAGCUCUACACAGACACAUUCUGUCUUUGGAGGCUUGGAGUUCAUGAUCAAGGAGGCACGCAGGAACGCAGAGGCAGCGAAACCCAAACCGACUUCAGGACCUGAGAAGGAGAACAAGCCAGGCAGAACCCCGGAUGCGCUAUCUGAAGAGAAGAAGACAGAGUAUCAGCUGCUCAAAGAAGAAAUAGCCAGUAGGGAGAAGCAGAAGAUUCUGAAGGACCACAGUCCCCAAGGUGUGCCCUCUCCUGCAGGCUCUGAUCCUGAUGUGGACUUUGCUGCAAAGGCAGCGGUCGAGCUGCAGCUGACCGAGGCAGAGACUAGGCUGACCAAACACGGGAACCUGCUCCUGAAGGAUGAGGCCAUACUGAGGCAGCUCUUACAGCAGGAGCAGAAGAAGGAGGAGGCAUUGAAGGCAGCUGAGGCCAAAGUGGCCAAGGUCAAAGAACAGCUCCUGGCCUCAGAGAAGAUAGUCAGUGCCAACAAGACUCUCCUCAACAGACUCCAGGAACAGGUUCAUCGUGUUCAGCACCGCGUGUCAGUGAAGAAGAACCACAGCCUGAAGCUGGAGGAGGUGCUGGUCCAAGCCCAGGCCGCCGCAGGCAGAAAGCCAAGUGGUCAGAAACGACGCACGGACAUCAGCCACUCCUCGCCUGUGAAACGUCUGUGUGUGGAAGUCUCCGUCGCUCCCCGCGGCUCAGAAAGGCACUUCGCCGACCUCCUUGCCCAAAAGCAGCGUCUGCAGCAGCUGGAGUCAGAAUACGCCCUCAAGAUCCAGAAACUAAAGGAGGCCCAGGCUCUCCACAACAGAGCGGUCCCUGAACCCCCUCUACCCCAGGCCACCUCCACCCCUCUCCCCAGGGCUCGCCACCCCAGCAUUCCCCCCACCAGCCCCUUCCCCCUGCCCCAGCCCUCCCUGCAUGACCUCACCCAGGAUAAACUCACCCUGGUCAGCAGCGAAGACCCUACCGAGACGGAGGAGAGCGACUUGGAACCUGCCGCCACAGCCAGGCCCUCAGCCCAGACUGUUCGUAGACGCUCCAUCAGAGAGACCGGCUCCUUCACCAAGCCUAAACUGGACUCUGGUGGGACUGGGCUGGUCAAGGAUAGUCCAGCCAAGCCAGUCAUGGUUAAGGCCUCGGGGCCCGGGGAGCUGUUCCUGGGGCUAGAGGUGGAGGCCCUGCAGAGGAGGGACCAGCAGCAGGCCAGGCUGGGAGAGCUGCUGCUGGGGGAACUACGGGCGCUAGGAGGCACUGUGGAGAAACCCCCUUCUGGGAAGGUGAUAUCGGAGGAUGUGGACACCAUGGCUGCCCAAUCAGGCCAUGCCGAACUGAAGCCUGUCCCGUUUGGACCAUAUCGCAGCCCUCUCCUGGUCUUCAAGUCUUAUCGGUUCAGUCCAUACUUUCGGACCAAGGAGAAGUUAUCACUCAGUUCUGUGUCUUACAGCAAUGUUGUAGCGCCCAAAAAGUGUUUCUGUGGCUUUGACCUCACGGGCACAUGCAAUGACGAUGACUGCCAGUGGCAGCACAUGAGAAACUGCACUUUUGGUGGAAACCAGCUGUUCCAGGAUAUCCUGUCGUACAACCUGGCCCUGAUUGGCUGCUCUGAGAGCAGUACUAGUGAUGUCAUCAAUGUUGCCACAGAGAAGUAUAUAAAACAGCUGUUUGGGGCUAACAACGAUCGCAUGGGGAUGGACCAGAAGGCUGUUCUACUCGUCAGCAAAGUGAACGAAAGCAAAAGACAUGUCCCUCCCUUCACCACGUGUAAGGAUCUCAGGAGGUGGAGGCCUCAGCCCGCUUACCAGGCUAGCCCAAACACAGGGGACGACAGCUGGGACGAGAGUAGAGACACUGGUCCAGUCAAAUACGACGGUUGUUCCAAGAGAAGUCUGUCUGCUACCCUGGAUGUGUGUGUGACCCCUGACGACAAGCGCUACUUCAUUAGUGAAACUGACGACAUAUCUAACCUGGAGACCAGUGUCCUAGAGAGCCCACGCAACACACAGCUCUGGAUCAAACUGGCCUUCAAAUACCUCAGCCAGAAAGAAGUGUCAGCGGCUGAGUGCCUGGAUGCUUCUUUGAACACUCUGUCUCGGGCCCUGGAAGAUAACCGGGACAACCCAGAGAUCUGGUGCUAUUACCUGUCUCUGUUCUCCCGCCGAGGGAAGAGGGAUGAGGUGCAGGAGAUGUGUGAGAUGGCUGUGGAGCACGCCCCCGACUACCAAGUCUGGUGGAGUUACCUAACCACGGAGAGCUUGUUUGAGGGGAAGGACUAUGUGUGUGGUCGUCUGCUGCAGUACCUGCUGGACUGUGUGGGGACUAGUGGUCUCUCUGAGAGGCUGUCCUUCCAGCUAUUAGAGUCUCUACUCUACAGGGUCCAACUCAGUGUGUUCACAGGCCGGCUACAGAAUGCCCUGGCCAUCCUACAGAAUGCCUUGAAGUCAGUUACUGAGCGGUGCAUUGCUGAUUACCUGACCAUAAGUGACCGUUGCCUGGUCUGGCUGUCCUUCAUCCACCUGACUGAGUUUGACCGCCUGCCGGCCAGUCUGUACGACCCGGCUAACUCCAACCCCUCCAGGGUGGUCAGCAUCUCGGCCUUCGCCCUGCCCUGGAGAACACCGCUCGACGUCCGCACCGAGCCUGACACACUAAUUGCUGUGUUCGAAGAUGCACUGCGACAGUGCACAGACCAGACUCUGCCUCCCAGUGAGAGAACCCUGGCCUGUCUGCCUCUACACACUAACCUCAUCACUACCUAUAGCCUGCUGGGAAGGUACGAUGCAGGCCUGGAGCUGUGUGAGUCCCUGUUGGCGCUGUGCCCGCAUUCAUGUGCCCUGUUGGAUGCCCUGUCAGGCCUGUACGUGGGGAAGGGGGAUGGUGAGCAGGGUGUUGGGGUGUGGCUACGGGCGCUGUCCCAGUGUCCACACAACGCAGAGGUCUUCUACCACACCUGCAAGUUCCUCAUGGCUCAGGAGAAGUCCAGUUGCAUCGCUCCUCUGUUCCGGGGGUUCGUCCUGUCUUUCUGUGACGAGGAGAGAAGUGACCAGCAACCUGUGGAUGUGCUACGGUACAUCCUUGGUAUUCCAACAGUGGACAUCCUAAGAGGCGCAGUUAUCAAAAAACAACUUAAAGAGCAGCUUUGCCACCAGAUGCCUUACCUAAACCUCGUCCAUUGUCUGUGGCAGUGGGUGCACGGUAACGUUGGAGAGGCAAUGGAUGCGUUUGAGAGAGCCCUCGGAGCCGUAAUGCCACUAGACGUUCUUCACAAGCUGUGGAUAGAUUAUCUCCUCUUUACCAGCAGUAAGCUAGCUGGGAGCCCCUCCAACAGCAGAGAGCUCCGGGUGUUAUCAGACCUGGUUCAGCGUUGCCUAGUAACUGUCCCGUCUAGGCUUGAGGUUCCGUUCAGCUCGGCCCAGUACUGGAGCUGCUUCAGAUUUCACAACAAGGUUGUCUCCCACUACCUGAGCAGUCUGCCUCAUACCCAGCACCCCCAUGUCCUGGAGAGACUACGAUACACCAUGCCCACCAAUGCUGAACUUGCCCUGAGGUUGCUGCAUCAAGAAUGGCAGGAUGGAAACAUAGAACAUCUGAAAUUCCAAGCCAGAAUGUUGAGCAGUAGCGUUCCAAACUGUCUGGCCAACUGGAAAAUAGUGAUCGCUGUGGAGAGGGAACUAAAGGAGCGCUCCGAGGUCCGGCUUCUUUAUCAGCAAGCCCUGCAAAACCUUCCACUGUGUGCCACCCUAUGGAAAGAUCGCCUGCUGUUUGAAGCUGCGGAGGGAGGUAAAACUGAUAAACUGAGGAAACUUGUUGACAAGUGUCAAGAGGUGGGAGUGAGUCUAAGUGAGCCCCUAAAUUUAUGCUCGAGCAAAACGGAGGGAGAGGAGCACUGAGGAUAAAAAAAAACUAGAUUCAAUCUAUCAGACCAGACCACUGCCAAGUUUAGCCAGAUAGGGGCAGACUCUGCUGCUAGCUGUCUUAGCAGCCCUCCCGCAGUAGCGCACUCCCUGGGCGGUCGGGAGGUGUCCGCCCCUACGCAGGACGGUUGUUCGGUCAUCCCUGAAGCCAAUGAAUGAACUCCCUCCUCCCUGUCCAAACUCUGGGCCACGCACUCAGGGUUCUAUCCCCUAACAUCAUGUACGUAAGUAUAGACCUGCUAACUAAGUGACAUCUUUGCUGUUCUGUUUUUUAUUUACAUGUUUGUUUUUUCUCUCGUACUGUCAAUUUUAAUUAGCUUUUUAUUUUGACCUUUAUGUACGGGGUUGGAGGAGUUGACAGACUAUGACAUCCUGACAGGGAUGUUGACAUGCGUCUGUCUUGGGUGUUUUUUAAAGGAUGUUUUCCCCCAAUAGUAACGCUCGCUGCUGCUAUCUACAGUAUGUGUAACUUUUUGUUUUCCAGUGUCUUCCAAGGGAAGAGAAAUUACUCGUUUAUUUCGAUAUUUGUUUUAAGUGAUAAAAAUAAAUAAAACAAGUAACCACAUGAAAAUGAAAUGGCCAGCCAUGGUGACAACAAAAUGGCUGCCUACAUAAGUAUUUCUAUUUGGCCUCUAUCAUCACUGACACCUUUAUUUUUGAGACUGCCAGCCACAGACUGCUGAAUGCUGUGAUCUCUUCUCCGCCAGUCGACCAGCGGGGAAGGUCCUUUAAACGCAUCACUAGGCGAGGAUAGUCACAAACAUUUACUAGUUUAAAUGUUCUCAUGUGCAAUUUUGUUUUUGUAAAAAAUAUAUUAUAAUGGUUAAGAGUAUUUGAGAGGAGGAGCCAAGGAUGAAAGUAUUUCAACUGUUUUUGUAUGUUGAAAUUUAAUGUGUUUAUAUUAAAUUAUUUUCUAAUUAA